AUGGGAAAGUCCCCACAUGGCAAAAUAAAGACUCCAAGAACUAGGCUGGUUACAUUUGAGACAGGAAUCGCUGUAGGUAGUGAUGAGAGUUUGAAUGCAGUUGGACAAUCAAAAUUUGUUCUUGAGAACCUUCCGCAUUACGCAGUCCCUCCGAAUUUGGCCUCAUACUAUGAGCCUUCGAAGCCCACGGCACUGAAGAAACUCAUAGCUCGAAACAGGAAACUCUUAAGCUUCGUGCUUAAAGUCACAGAAUAUGAUCAGGAUAAGACUUUACUGAUCAUGACCAACAACCCACUUCCCUGCCUAAUGGACCAGCAAGGAAAGGACAUUACACCAAAAUACUUCUCCAAGGAGCUACUGCUGGAGGACAGUUAUCACUGCAAACCCACUGAGAACUUCCGCCUACCCGUAAUGUCUCAGGAAAAAAAGUUAAGAUCUGGGCUGAAACCAAUGUUUACUGUGACACUAUUGGAGGAUCCUACAUCCAAGCGAGAACAAUGGUUUAGGUUUUCCACCAACAAUGAUUUCAAGAGUGAAGGGAAGUAUUCAAUGGUCUGCACUUUGAGGCAACAGAAAAAGAUGUACCCUCAGCUCACCUUUGCUCCAGUUAGUAAAAGACAUAUGAGGAAAGAUGUUUCCAAGAAAUCAGAAAGUGACACGCUGACUUCCAAGACAUAUUGGGAACCACUAACCCUCUCCUCGCUCCUCAAAGAGAAGCCCACCAGAACCGCGCCAGGGGAGCGCGCCUUCCGCAAUGGAAGGGCCCAGCAGUGGAUUAUACAGAAUGCCACUGUCAUUAAGUAAAACAUCUUUGGGCCUCUCGCCUUGGUCUCGAGAGACUGAGAGGCCUGCAGAAGUCGCCAUCCAGGGCG